CAGAAUGAACUAACUGAGAAUCAGUGAUUUAAGUUAUCACAAGAUAUUCGUGUGUUGCGUUUAUUUAAAGGCUGAAAAUAUUGACCAUAUAUUUUUUAACUUAAAAGGAUACAUCUAAUUUAGAGGCUUGGUAUACAUGGUUAUUUAAUUGUGAAAAAGAAAGUUAAAGGCACAAACUACGCUUAGUAAAUAAAAGUUAAGUUUAUGGCUGUAACUGUAAUUUACGUUUUGUAAUACGAUCUAGGACGUUAUUCUUACAACUAUAACUUAAGUAAGUUACAUUUACACUGUGCACUGAGUAAAAAUUUCAGUGUUCAACUCCAUCAUGAAUGAAACUGGUGAGAGUGUAACUGAACAACCUAACAUCAACGUGUUGGCAACAACCAUGUUUGAAAAGACUGCAGACUAUCUUCAGGAAGAACUAGCUGCUACUGUUGAUGAUUAUCGGUUGUUGGAAGAAAUGAACAGACAAGCUAUAACGAAGUAUUCAGACAUGAAACAAAUUGCUGCAAAUGUAAGCAAGGCACUAAAGGAAUUGAAUGAGAAAUACAGAAACCUGAAACCAUACUUAGAACAGAUUGAUGAAGUAGAAGAAAGUGUGUUUAAACUAGAGCAGGCUGCUUACAAACUUGAUGCAUAUUCAAAAAGACUUGAAGCAAAGUUCAAACAACUUGAGAAGAGGUAAAGAUGAAGAUCUCAGGCCACGAAAUUAUCCAAUUUUGAUGCAUCUACAAAAGUCAAAUCUUUCAAAUUGUCUUCUUCGUAGUUAAGAAUAAGUUUGGCAAAUAAAUUAAUACUCUAACA